AUGCUAUGUUGGAGCUUUGUCAGCUCGUCACUCUUCAUCGAAGCUCUGUGAGCUCGUCAUGCUAUGUUGGAGCUUUGUCAACUCGUCAUGCUUUGUUGGAGCUCUAUGAGCUCGUCAUGCUAUGUUGGAGCUCUGUCAGCUCGUCAUGCUUUGUUGGAGCUCUGUCAGCUCGUCAUGCUUUGUUGGAGCUUUGUCAGCUCGUCAUGCUUUGUUAGAGCUCUCUCGUCAUUCUUCAUUGGAGCUUUGUCAGCACGUCAUGCUGUGUUGGAGCUUUGUCAGCUCGUCAUGCUUUGUUGGAGCUCUUUCAGCUCGUCAUGCUGUGUUGGAGCUCUGCCAGCUCUUCAUGCUUUGUUGGAGCUCUGUCGACCUUGGGUAGGAUAUUUGCAUCUCUGCAGCUCGUGCUCGAGCAGAUUGCAUGCAGCUCGUGCUCCACAUCUUUUAGCUCGACCUCAGCUUGCGCUGGAGUUCUGCAUCAUGCCUUUGAGCUCAGCAGCUCGUGAGCUCAUGUUUGAGCAAGAUGCAGCUCAUAGAGAUUUUCAUACUGGCAAGCUGCCUGCUCCGGUGCUGCCAAGAUGCCGACCUAGGAGAAUGCUCAUAUUUGCCGAGCUGACGAGCUGGACUGCCUUGCUUCUGCCUAGCUGGAGCACUGCUUUGAGCUUUGCCACUGCCGAGCUAGACUGCUUUGGUGCUGCUGAGCUGGGUUGUCAUGCUGCUGCCGAGCUGGAGCACUGCUUUGAGCUUUGCCACUGUCGAGCUGGACUGCUUUGCUGCUUCGUCGCUGCCAAGCUAGGGGACUACUUUGUCACUGUCGAGCUGUGUGACUUCUUUACCGAGUUAGGGGGCUGCUUCGUUGCUGCCGAGCUGAGGGAUUGCUUUGUCAUUAACGAGCUGGACUGCCUUGUCCCUACCGAGCUGGGUGACAGCUUUGCCAAGCUGGGAAGCUGCUUCGUCGCUGCCAAGCUAGGGGACUACUUUGGCACUGACGAGUUGGGCGGCUGCUUUGUCGCUACCAUUAAGCUUGAGCUCGUCUUGUCUCAUCAUGGUCGCUACUUUCAACUUAGAUAGUUGUGCAAAGCUAACCCCUUGUUUGUCUUCUUGUGAAAACUUCUCUUUUUGCAGGUGAAGCUUCUCUUUUUCAUAGAUUAAUAAACCCAUUUUAUAAAU